UCGCGGGUUCCUCCGGCAACGGAAUGAGUUCCGAAGUUCUGGUGGAAACCUCUUCGGUCGCCAUGGUUGUGCCGUCCUGACCGCUGCCCUUCGGGUUAAGUGUGGGGGCCGCCACCAUGACCUCCUUUUCGAUGCCGAGCUCGAUCUUUGGAUCGGCCCCUCAACCCAUUCCCGGGCUCGAAACCAUGGGCGGUUACCCCGUCGGUAAUACGAACCCGUUCCUUAGACCGUCUAUGGCUUCGGCCACGACGGUCAACUUCGGAUUGAAUGCGGGUUUCAACGCAUCGGUCAAUCCAUUCGUUGGACCACAUUGGGCGACCAACGAGCCUUUCCUCCAUACGCCUAAUGCAGUUGGGCCGAUUUCAGUACCCGCUAGUUCGGUCCAAAGGCCACCGAAGUUCAAUGGCACGAACUUCAAAAUGUGGGAACAAAAGAUGACGUUCUUCUUGACCGUCCUGGGAUUUGCGGAGUACCUACAGCAAGAUCCUCCGCAGCUGAACGAUGCCAACGACCCCCUCGUGGCGAUGGUGAACCAAGCGUGGUACCAUAAUAACUAUCUCACCAUCAACAUCAUCUUCGAGUGGUUGGCCGAGACGUUGUACCCCGUCUACGCCGGUGCAAAGCUUGCUAAGGAGCUUUGGAGAAGCUUGAACAAGAAGUAUCAAGCUGAAGAUGCUAGCACAAAGAAGUUCAUCAUCGGGAAGAUGCUGGACUACAAGUUGGUUAACAACAAAUCUGUUGUCGCCCAGGCUGAGAAGCUUACGGUAAUCUUCAACAAAUGCAAUGAAGAGAAAGUAGGCGUCAGCGAGGCCUUUCAAGUGGCAGCCAUCAUCCACAAACUUCCACGCUCUUGGGAAGACUUCCAAGCCGAUCUCAAGCUCAAAAGAACAGAGCUGAACCUGGAGCAACUGCUCACGCGGUUGAGGAUCCAAGAGGAAGGGCUUGCCAGAAGAGGUGGAGGGCCAAAAGAGAAUGUGGUAGAACAUCCGUCGGGCUCUUCACAUGGCGGGAAGGACAAAAAGAAAAUAGAUCCUAAGGGUGGCGUUUCUAAAUUUGCAGGGAAGUGCUAUAAUUGUGGCAUUACCAGCAUCGUUCCUCCGAUUACCCUGAGGGUCCGUUUGGCAUACAGAAUUGAUGGAAUUGGAAUUGAAAUUCCAUGAGAUUCAAUUCCAUAGAAUUGAAUUUACCAAUUCCAAAUCAUUUCUUGCACUAUCAGUUUCAAAUCCACAUAAUUUUGUGCUACCAAACACCAGAAUUGGAAUUGAAAUCCUCAGGUCAAAACUUUGAUAUGUUCAAUAGCACUUAUUUUCAAUAUUCAAAUCAGAUUCGUUUAUUGAGUACUGCUUUUUUUUUUAUUUUUCAUUUGAAAGAGUACUGCUUAAUUAGUUCAAACCAAAUUACAAUGAAUUCGUACUACUCAAUUCAUUUAAAGAAUGAUUCAGUUUGCUUUAAAAAAAAAGAGCCUAGACUUAACACUAAAGAGACCAGACUCCUAAUUUAAGACUCCAAACUCCAGCAAAAAAAAACAAGUCCCAAGUAUGCACCACUUGUAAAAUCUUAUGACCAAGAGUGCAAUUUAUCAAUAACUAAAACUAUCCCAU